AUGCAAAGCAAAGGUGCUUUCAACUAAUAUGUCUUUAAUAGACAAUCUGAUACACCACCCGGUCUCAACGAGGCAUAACCGAUCUAGGAUAAUUAGAUGAUUGGCAAUAUGUAUCAGAGAGGUUACAAUCAGCAAAUGAUCUCACAGAAUUAUUAGAAUGGAAGUACUCAGGGUUCAACUAUUGGUGCAACUCAGGAGAUUAGACACAAUUAGCCAUUUAAGAAUUUUAAUUGUAAUCAGCAAAUUCAGUUCACCUAAGAACAUAACCCUCAAAUGAAAAUAAAUAGUAUCUUUUCUGGCUAAAAAAAUCCAUAUUUACAAGAUUAGCCUUCCAUUUUUAAUGAGCAAUUUAAAAACUAGAGAGCAAUGUCACUAAUUCCCUAGAAUAAUUUCAUGCCACCUCCAGGAUUAGCUCAUAUAAUAAAAGAAAAUUCUUUUUAGUAAAUAGCUUAGCCAUAGUUUGAGAUCCAAAGAGCUUACUCUUUAGGAAAUAUCUAUGAAGAGCAGUAGAAGAGUUUCCAAUUUAAAACUUGUGCGGUCUGUAUUCAAGAAAUUACGCUUGUUGAUGACUACACAAUUACUUUUCACCCAGCUUUGAAACAGUAUUGUCCAACUCAUAAAAACUGCCUCAGACUUUUGAGAAGAGAUAGUGGUCUCGUUGCUGUCCCUAAAUUUGAAUUGAAAGUUACAGAUGAGUUGCAACCUUCGACUGAUGUUUAUUAAAAUACUCCAAAGUUUAUUGAAAUUGCAAUUGAAAUUCUACAUCCUAUGUCGAAGCAGUUGAUUCAUUCGAUUGACUCAUCACUAGUUUAAUCUCUUCCUGUUUCAAUAAAUACUUAAAAAUUGGAGAACAUUGAAGUUUAAAUAUUAUUCAAAGUAAUUUGGACUAAGCAAAACAAUGCUAAAUUACCUAGAAUAAUCUAAGGCAUGAUUGAUCUUUAGUAAUAUAUGCAAGAAGGAAAAUUAAGCUAAAAUAUUCAAGUAUAACUAGAUUAACCAGAAGAAGCGACUGUUGAACUCUAGUUCAAGGUUUUGAAUCAACAGAAUUAUGAGGGGUAAAAAUAGAUGCUAACAAUAAAGGAUAUAUCACUUAUAUUAGAGGUGAAGGAAGUUUAAGAAUUUUCAACAACAAGCAGCUCAUAUAUGGGGUUAUCGAGGGGUUCAAUCGAUAUCAAUAAUAUUCAACAAUAACAAAAUAUGCAGGCUUGGUUGAUGUUUAAUAGACAAAUGGAGAAAAGAUAAUACUCACUAGCUAACGAUGCUCAUCUCUAAAACUUUUAAAAUCAAACGUUAUAACAGCAGUAACAGCAGUAAAUAAAUUAAUAAAUUUUAUACGCUAAAAAGAAAGCUAAUUCUAUAGUCGAUCCAAAUACAAUCUCAAGAGCUCAAUUUUCACCUUAAGUUAUUCCUGAAAUAAAUUCUUCACCAAUUUUGGCUAAUCCCGAAUUUAGAGCUACAAAUUUCAACACUUUAAGUUAGGACUUUAUACCCUAAAAUAGAUCUUCUCCAGUCUAGGGCUAAAUUAUGACAAGUUAAAUAUCUGAGGAAAUUAACCAAGGAUUCUUCAGAGAUGGAGAAAUAUUUUCAAAGAUUCUAACUAAAUAGGGCUCUAAGGAAAUGCAAAAGAAUCUUGAUAAAGCUAAUCCAUUGACUGUUGAAAAAAUAGUACAGGAAAUUGAGUAAAAGUUUGCUGAAAUAUUGAUUGAUUAGUAUGGCAAUUAUUUUUGCCAGAAACUAUUCUUAAAGAUAAAUGAUUAGCAGAAACAUAGGUUACUCUAAACAUUAAAAGAACCAUUCAGUAAUACCAAGAAUAAAUUUUUAGGGGUUGCCAAAGACAGCAGAGGAACACAUUCUCUUCAAGGUUUCCUUGAAUCAAUUAAUAAAUCAUAAUUCAAUUAGAUAGUAGGUGAAAUUCUACAUAAAGACUUGCUUAAAUAUGCAUAUAACAAGCAUGCUACUCAUGUCCUUAUUAGAUUCAUUCAAUUAGCUGAUGUGCAUCCUCAUUUAGAAAAAAUUUAUGAAGUGAUUUGUAAAAAUAUGAUAAGUUUAUCACAAGAUGCAAACGGCCUUCCAGUUAUUAAAGCAACCAUCAAGAAAUUUAAUGUUCCUGAAAUAAAACAUAGAAUGAUAAACAUUCUGUCUAAUGAAUAUUGGUCAAAUGAAGAUUGCUAAACUAUGUAUAAAGGCUUCAUUCCCUAAUUACAAUAGCUUUCGAUAUAAAAAUUCUCUUCAAAUGUAAUUGAAAAAGUCCUAGAUAAAGCUGAUCAAGUAUUAUUUCUCUUUUUGUAAUUUUAAUAGCCCACAGUUGAGAUGUAUGCAUAAGAAAUAAUAGAAGGGGAUAAACUUAGAAUUCUUAUUCGCAAUAACUAUGGUUACUAUGUAGUUGAGCGUAUUUUGAUGCACUGUUUGAGCGAAUAAUUAAACUAAAAACUUCGCCAAGAAAUUCUGAAGAAUGUCAAUACUCUCGGAGGCAAUCAGCUAAGAAAUAAAUGGCUUGACUUGAUUGAAAAAUCGAAAUCAGGACUCUUUUUCGAGAGAAAAGUUUAAAACUUAAGAGAUAAAGGAGAAAAUAGAUAGUGA